AGAAAAAAAAAACAACAGACUAAAAUCUGUCAGACUCGCACUCGACUCAAGGCUUUCACACUCAGGCAAAGGAGUGAACUGGGGGAUUUUAGAAGUUCUGAGAGCCAUCAGGGGGUGAUGUCUGACAACAGCAGCAGUGCCAAUGGCAACAGCUGGACAAUUCUUACGCCAGAGGUGAAGGAGUCUGGAAUAGAAAGUGUGGGUUCAUUGGCUGAAGGUCAAGGGGGACAAGUCUGCUCAGAACCAGCACAGCUCGAGAUGGAGCAAACAGACCACUCCCAAAGAUCAGAGUUCACAGACGGACUUGCUGAACAUAACAACGGUCGUGAUGCACCUCAGGUAGCACCUCUAGAGAGCAGUGAAGAUGCAGCUGUUCCACACGCUUUCCAUAUGAAGGAGCCCACCCUCAGUGCCACUCCAGUUGAGAACCUCACCUGUUUGACCGCCGACCCUGAGCAGCAAGGCGUCUCUGCUAGUCACUCUGAAAGUGAACCCUUUCUUGGCCCUGACACAGAUUCUUUCUCUGACUCGUACACACACAUAAGCUCACCUCCUGAGUCGACCCUGCAUCCUGCAGCAUCACAGGACGAAGAGGGGCUUUCAGAAGGGGAAGAGAGGCCUGAGCUGAGAAAGACUCUGAGAGAAGAGUCAAAGCAAGAGGUUGAAGUGUUGGAAGAGAAGGGGAACGAGGGCGAUGGAGUGAGGAGAAGAAAAGUCUCUCUGCUUACCCCUGUGGAUCACAGAGACGAUGAGGAGGAGGAAGAGGGCGAAGAAGAACCGUUUAGGCCACCUCAAAGAGAAGACGACGUUGGAUUCUCCCUUAACAAGUGCAUUUUUGGAGCGGUCAUUCUUCUAGGCCUGGGCACCAUUUUCUUCUCUGGUGUGUUCAUGGAUCUGGAUGAUGAGAGCGAUACUGAUGUGAAGGAGCUGAAACAUCCAGAGCUUCAAAAGGAGUGGCUGAAUCUUCAGUCUUCAAGAGACACACCUGCAGGCGUUCAGCCUCCAGAAAUAUUAGAGAGACUAGCAGAGAAAAGCCAGAAAAUCGCUGUAUUACAGGCACAACUUCAGGAACAAGAAGGGGAACUAAAAGCGGCGCAACUGCAAGUGGAGGAAGGCAACAAGGAGCGAAUGAGGAGGGAGGAGUUGGAGAUGGAGAACCAGAGAAUGAAAGGAGAGCUGGAUAAAUUGCCUGCUCUUCAGAAGGAGCUAGAGCACGAGAGCGAAAGAGUGAAGAAAGAGGGCGAAAGAGCACAGAAAGAUCUGGAGGCUCUUCCAGGCAUGCAGAAAGAGCUGGAGCUUCUACGAGCUAAAGUUACAGAGCUCGCUCAGACCACAGACAGUGCUAAAGCUGUGCCCCCUCUGUCUGCCUCUGCGUCGCCCUCUGCUGGACACGAAAGAGAAUUAUCAGCCAUUCAGGGAAGGAAGGAGCUGAAGGAUAAGAAAUCACAGGAUGAAGUGAAAGAACAGAUGAAAGAAUGGAGAGACGGGAAGGAAAGGAAAAAAGACAGAAGUGUAAAGGAAGGAAAGCAGGGAAAGGCGACAAAGGAUGAGGGAAAAGACCUGAAAAAACAAAAGGUCAGUCCAGACGAAAGCAAGGAAUGGAGGGGCAAAGGAGAAAGGAAAGAGUGGAAAGGUGAGAAAGAAGGGAAAAGGGGAAAAAAGCAAGAAGAUGGCAAAAGAUGGAAAGACGGGGAAGAAAAUCGACAGUUCAAAGAAGAUGGGAAAAGGGAAAGGAAGGAAAAUGGCAAACGACGGAAAGAUGGGGAAGAAACAGAGUUUAAAGAACAUGGGAAAAGGGAACGGAAGGAAAGUGGCAAAAGAUGGAAACAUGGGGAAGAAAAUGAGUUUAAGAAAGAUGGGAAAAGAGAAAGGAAGGAAAGUGGAAAAAGAUGGAAAGACGGGGAAGAAAAUAGUGAGUUUAAAAAAGAUGGGAAAAGAGAAAAGAAGGAAAAUGGAAAAAGAUGGAAAGAUGGGGAAGAAAGUAUUGACUUUAAAAAAGAUGGGAAAAGGGAAAGGAAGGAAAAUGGGAAAACGAUGGAAAGAUGGGGAAGAAAUAGUGAGUUUAAAAAAGAUGGGAAAAGGGAAAGGAAGGAAAAUGGAAAACGAUGGAAAGAUGGGGAAGAAAAUAGUGAGUUUAAAAAAGAUGGGAAAAGGGAAAGGAAGGAAAAUGGAAAACGAUGGAAAGAUGGGGAAGAAAAUAGUGAGUUUAAAAAAGAUGGGAAAAGGGAAAGGAAGGAAAAUGGAAAACGAUGGAAAGAUGGGGAAGAAAAUAGUGAGUUUAAAAAAGAUGGGACAAGGGAAAGGAAGGAAAAUGGGAAAAAGUGGAAGGACAGUGAGGUAAAGAGAGAGCUCAAAGAAGAAAGUGGGAAAAUGGACUGGGAGGAAGAUAAAAAGUGGAAAAAGGAGAAGCGCUGGCAGCUGGAUGGUGGAAGGUGGGAGACAAAAGAACGGAAGCAUUCGGGAGAUAAGGUGAAGGGAGACAAGGAAUGGACACUGACAGAUGAGAAAGAAUGGAAAAAUGGUAGACAGGUUGGUUCAAAUGACAAGAAAGAAUGGAAAGAGAGAAAUGAGAGGAAGAAAGACUGGAAAGAGAGGGAUGAGUGGGAGGAAGAAAAAGAGAGAGGAAAUCCGAGAGGUGAAGGAAAAGCCCGGAAGGAGAGCGCAUGGAAAGGACAGAAAGAUGAUCACAAAAGGAAUGGUGGAAAGAAAGAGUGGAAGGAGCAUGAGGACAAGCAUUGGAGUGGGAAAGAGAGGGAAAGAGCAGAGGGGUGGAAGGAGGAGAAAAAACAUAAAGGCGACUACCAGAAAAAUGGGGAAAAGUGGAGCAAAAAGGGCAAAUCGAGGCAGAGUUCAUCGGAAAAGGCGCCCCAUCAUUCAUAUAGCGACAGAGAGCAAAGCAAAGACCACGUGCACAACGACUACUGGGCUGAACAGAGAGAAAGGAUACGUCAUUUCCACGGGUCAACGGAAGAAUGCAGCGGGCUAACAGACUGUGCCCAUGCAGAGGGGCUAACACCUGUUGGUCAGCAGGAUUUUGAGGCUUUACUUUUGGCCUACUUGACCAAGUUGAUAGGGCCUGAGGAGCGAGCUUCUAAAAAAGAGGAACUGAAUAAGCUCAUUGGCGAGUUCUUCACCAACGGAGUCUUUGUUCACGACCAGAUACCGUUCAGCGAGUUCGCGGAGGACGUGGCAGACAUUUUGGAAGACAUGGCGGAAGGAGAGGAGGAUGAGGAGCUGGAGGACGAGAUGGAGGGAUUCGCAAGUGAGGCGAUGGAGAAAUUUGCACUUCCAGACAGAGGAGGGAAUGAAGAGAAGAGGAAGGAGAGUGGAAGAAAGAGAGCUGCCGGCUGAAAGAAGUACUAAAAGUAUAAUGAACAUGAUGGUAUAUAGAGGUAAUGAGAUUGAAGGGUGUUGUGUACAUUUCUGGAGGCUGUUUCAAAAAGCAGGAUUUCUUAGUUAGCUAAUGUUUGCGGUACGUAAGCUAAGGCAUAAGCAGCCAUUAGCCUCAGAGCUCCAGUGUAAAACCUAAAGAAUCCUCCAACACCAAACAUCUCUUGGCUGAUUAACUGCAGUCAGGAAGGUGGACAGAUGUGUACAUUUGAUGGAUUUCGCUUUAGUCCAAAAGUGAGGACUUUCCAAGAGAAUAGUCCUUUAGCUCGCUUAGGUUAUCCCGCUAACUAACUAAUCCUGCUUUGUGAAAUAUUCCUUGAAGCAUAAGGAGAAUCUGCUGUUGUAUGACGAAACCACAUUUUUCAUUUUUUUCACUUUUGAAAAACAUUUCACUGCUGUAGAUAUGAGCCAUUGUUAUUAUGACUUUGAUAAUAUAUUUGAAACUCUCUCACUGUCCGCUUGAUCUACGGUUACUCAGUCUAGAACGACAUUCAGGUCUGUCUUUCAAUGCUACACAGUUCUUUAGGGCUGGCCCGAACAGCAUUUUACAGGCUUCAGAUACUCGUCGGUGUUUCCAAACAAGCGCCCAAAUACACAUUCUCAGAACAAUAUUUGCAUUGCUUAAUUACAGUUAUUGUUAAUUAUGUUCAUUACUGCAGUUCAAAAUAUAACCAGUAGGUGGCUGCGAUGAAAUCACAGUGAAUUGACUCAAAUCAGCCGUGGUGUAAGGCUUUUAGCCUACCUAGCAGUACAUGGAUAGUUAUCACUGUGCACAGUUGUGAUGAUUCACUGUCCUGCCUUUAUGGACCUUAUAUUGCUUAUAUUGCACAUUUUGCAUGGAGAAUUAUUAUACAAUCAUUUAAAGUUUCCCACAACAGCAGUGCUGUUAGUUGUGCUCUUAGGUGAUGUGGAUGUCUAAACCAGAUAUAGUUUAUUUAUUUUUAGCAUGUUCCAUAUAUUGGUGAAUAUUUGAUGCAUUUCAGUAAACAGCAAAAAAAAGCAAUUCAAAUAACCAUAAUAU